AUGACCAAUACAAGCGGCUCAACGGCAACGGGACCCCUGAUCUCGGGCAUAGCUCACGUGAACCUCUCGAUCCCCGUAGGAACACUGGACCACGCCAAGUUCUUCUACGGGCAGACGUUGGGUCUGACGCCGCGCGCCGUACCGGUCGCCCAGGUCGACUCGCUGGCAUGGUUCGACAUCGCCGACUCGGGGCAGCAGGUGCACAUCUCAUACCAGAAGCACGACCAAGACACGACGGUGCCGAACUCGAGUCGCCAUCCGUGCUUCCGUCUCGGCUCGCCCGAGGCGCUGGUCGCGCUGCAGAAACGCAUCCUCGCACACCACCAGGAAGGCGGCAAGGCCGCGCCGAUGCACUGCGACGAAGUCGGCGAGAGCUCCGGGGAGAAGACGGCUGAGUAUCCGACGAGAUUCUUUGCCAGGGAUUACUCGGGGAAUCGCCUGGAGUUCUCGCUUUAG